CAAAGAAUUGAAAUUCAUAAACUGCGACAGGGAGACAACCUGAUCCUUGGCUUCAGUAUUGGAGGCGGCAUUGACCAAGAUCCCACUCAGAACCCAUUUUCCGAGGAUAAGACAGAUAAGGGUAUAUAUGUCACAAGGGUGACUGAAGGAGGACCUGCAGAGAUAGCGGGCCUUCAGGCUGGAGACAAAAUAAUGCAGGUAAAUGGAUGGGAUAUGACCAUGGUAACACAUGACCAGGCCAGAAAACGUCUCACCAAAAGGAAUGAAGAAGUUGUUCGACUUUUGGUGACAAGGAAGUCCCUGCAGGAAGCCGUCAGACAGUCUAUGAGACAAUAG